UUCUUGCCUGGUGAACUUGCUUGAAUUCUGAACAGGAACUGAAUUUAGGUGAUUUCGAGGUAGAAGUUCCACUGGAUCGGUACAAGUGAUUGCGAAGUCAUCUGGCAUAGCGUUAGAAGAGAGCUCGAUCAGGAUGGAGACUCCGCUGGAUGUUUUAUCGCACGCAGCGGCCAUGGUGCAGACCGACGAAGCAAAUCGAGAAGCUGCCUUGAGAAGUACGGAGACGUCAAGGUCCGAAUCUCCAAAAGAUUUGCCAUCAAAAAUCAAUAGGAUCAGACGGAGUACAGAGCGCCGAGAACUAUCACAGGCGUUGAAGUUUGAUGAGAAUCACAUAGCAUCAAAGCCUACCACGACCACUACCCGUUGUGCGGGAACGCAAACUGUGCUAUCCACAGUCAAAGAGCUCUCUGACAACAGUUAUUUGCCGAACAUGACGACAUUAUUGGAUCCCGAAAACAGGAUAGACUCAUCAGUUGCCAAUAACAACCAUUUAUCUGUUACUGUGACAACCAACUCGCAACAGAUGAGGCCGUCGGUGAUUGCCUGUGCGCCUCCGCCCCAGUCGAGGGAGAACGGUCUUCAGUUGAGUGCGGUUCAAGACAAAAAUGAAUUAAAUACUGCAUCAAAUGGCUCGUAUCGAAGAGAAGUCACCUGUCCAUCAGGCUUGUGUGAUCCAGCUAUCGACGAGCAUUUUCGUAGAAGUCUUGGCAAAGACUACAAAGAGGAGUACUGGUCGUCAAAACCUUCUAACGCCAUUCGCAUAACUGGGACAGUAGACGAGCAUUUUGCACAAGCACUUGGGAAAACGUGGAGUGAAAUUCAAAGCAGUGAUCUAAAAGAAGAUGACAGCCAAUCACCAGCCACAAAACCUAAUAACAAUCACAUCAAUAUUCAGCGGUCUACAAUGGUUUCAAUAUAGAUCUUAUAUUUAAUGAGUUACAAACUAUGGAUGAUGAACCACUUUGUGAGGACGUCUUCGCUCUCUAUUGCAAUAAUCUCUUUGGGAGUUGCUGUGGUUUUAUUGCGUUUUUGGUAACGUGCCUUGCUGCCCACAGGUUAUUGCAUUUUGACUUGAAGUGUCCUGAGUGGAGGUUUUCUUUUCAGCAUUUAAAACAAUAUCUAGUACUUGCAUCAAGGUUGCAGCCGUUUAGAGAUUUAUGUGACUGUCAUAUUACCCAUCAUCUCAUCAUCAGUAAAAAAAAAAAUCAAAUAUGCCAAAAAGUUGCCUGGCAGUUUGUUAACGUUUACAUAUAAGAUAAAACUUUCACAUGAGAGGUAAGAUCACAAAAUCAAUAAUUCAGUCUUUGUAAAAUAAUAAUCUCCCCGUGUGCAACCUUAGAGUGCAAGUACUAAGUGAUACAAACCUU